AUGGAAUUCCAGACCUUGCUUUCCACUGUUGAUAUCGACUGUAGAAAGCAACUGUCGCGUUUUGUGGCACUCUGUGUCACAGUCGACUACGCUUCGGGUAUUUUCGGCAAUGUACUAUCUAAGAUGAAAGUAUCUCAUAAUUUUUUAGUAAUAUCUAGUAAUUUUUAAUUUGUUAUGUUUAUGUUUGUAUCGCAUUGGCUCUUUUGACAUUGACUGUAAUUAACCUAUCACCACCUGUGGCAGUGAUUUAUAUAACACAGAAAUUUUGGUUAUUCGCUUGGAUUUGAUUAAUGGCUCUAGUACCUAUAAACAUAGCUGCGAUAUUGGCAGUUGAAGAAGAGGAAAGGCUAGAUGAUAUCUGCAUCGAAAAUAUGGAGAGGAGAUUGAUGAGAAAUGAAAGUGGUCCCUUUUCACUUGAGGAUGUGAGAUUCAAAGGAUUGUUCAGGCUGAAUAAAGACAUGGCCCAAUAUGUUUUAAAUGGCAUCAUACCUCAUUUGAACCAGGUGCCGAAUCCUGUAGCAGUACCUGUUAUCCUGAAGUUUUUUGCUGCGCUUCAUUUUUAUGCUACUGGCACUUAGCAAAGAGUAAUAGGC